AUGGACGAGGACAUCGGAGCAGCGGAGGAAUCGAACAUGCGGCGAGUUAGCCUUGUCAAUUUCUGGCCAAUGGAACGCGCCAGAUUUCAAAUGACUUUCGAAUGGGAACCUGCGCGUUUCCGCUGGUGGUUGAACUCCCCUUCAACCGUUUGCCAAUUCGCAGGACAAAAAAAACAUGGCGACAAACGAGAGCCGGUAAACAAAUUAUGCAGCUGCCAGCCAACAGACCCCAGCACCUACGAGCGCCAGCAACAGCACCAGCAAUCAACCAUGUCGACCAUGUCGACCGCUAAGCCCACGUACAACGUGAUGGUAUUCGAUGCCAUCAAGACCCUCAAGGAGCGGAACGGAUCCUCCAUCCAGGCCAUCAAAAAGAGUAUCACCGCCACCUACCCUACCCUCAACUUCACGCCGCACCAGAUGCGCGGCGCCCUCAAGAAGGGAGUGGAGUCUGGCAAGUUCAUCAAGAUGAAGGCCUCCUACAAGCUGAGCCCCGAGGCGAAAAAGCCCGCCCCCAAGAAGAAGGUGGUGAAGAAGGUCGUCAAGAAGGUCGUCAAGAAGAAGGUGCCGAAGAAGAAGGUGGCCAAGAAGCCCGCUGUGAAGAAGACCACGACGAAGAAGCCCGCCGCCAAGACGGCCACCACCACCAAGAAGACCGUCACCAAGAAGAAGACCACCACGGCCAAGAAGCCCGCGGCUAAGAAGACCGCCACCAAGAAGAAGCCCUCCACCCCCAAGAAGAAGGCUGCCGCUCCCAAGAAGACCUGAGCUCAUCGUCGUUUCGAGUUUUCCCGUCCAACGCGAACCCCCCGCCGCACGAGGUUCGCGAUUCCGGCAACCUGGUGUUUCCUUAACACCACCCACCAGACGGGAGAAAUGAACGCGUGCCACGGGUUUUAUCCCGCCUGUUUCCUCAACGGGUUCUUCCUGUAGUUGGCAUUCAUGAUGUAAACAACCUUCGAUUGUAGGAUGUGUUGUUCUUUACGAGGCUUAAGUCAUCAGUAUCGUGCUUGUGUUUGUCAUCGGUAUCAGGAGCGGGUGCAACCUACAUCAACGCCCGCCUGCCAAAGUUCGUUGCAUGUUGUCUCCUGUAUGUAAGAAGCCCCGCCUAUCUCGAAGGGGAGGUGGAGGGGGUGUACCGUGGCUGUCUGCAAGUUUGCUUGGUGUUUUUUGUGUUAGUGGGUGACGCGUACGCCAUGAAGUCAGAUUUAGUUCGUGAGUGAUUCAUCUUUUGUUGAAUCAUGGGGCACGGGUUGGCAAGUAGUUCUUGCGGUGCCACGAUGUGCUCGGCGCCAUGCACUGAUGCUCUGCGCGAAGUCUUUUGGCUUGUUGCGUCGUAAAAGUACAGUACGUGUCCGUCCAAAAAUGGCUCGGAGUUUUGCAGCCAAAAGAAGCGAGUGAUAGACCCGCUGUAGGAAAGGCUAGUGUAUCUACUUCUAGUAAAGCCUUUUUCGCGGUGGGUUUGUUGGGGCUUGCGCACCAGUGUAGACAUCAGUGUAAACAUCCAAAUACGGCCAUCAAGAUCACCAGUUGUUGACGUGGCAGGCACAUCGAUAGCUGUUGAGGGAUGUUUUAGUUGCGGUUGAACGGAACUAGUGUACAAUAGUGAGGGGCUGAACGGAACGAGGUGUGCCUGUAACGUGUUCAGUUGAAACGGUUCGCCGAGCCUGAAACCUUAUUAUUUUUCAAUUGAAAAAACACAGGGUGUGUCUUUGUGCGCUUGCUGUGCUGAUCGCACCGCGGACACGGUUACUGAAGCCGUCAAUCUCUCGCUCCUUGCGAGGCUCGGGAGAUUCACUUUUGAUAAGGCCCACGAUAGCACUGUUUUCCUCUGACUGCUCCUGAGCGAGGGACACUUUCACACUCACGAUCGGUGUCAACUCACCU